UGGAAGUAAACAUGGCCGAAGAAAGCCUGACUGAAGGCGAAGAUGAAAACAUUUUAUACGACUUACUUGUCAUUACUGAAUGGCCGCCAGAGACGGACACACAGUUGCGCGGCAACAAGGAGCACAACACGUCACUCAUCGCUAAAGCAGUGACUGGACCAUUUCGCUUGAUCUUGCACUACUUGUGGUACAGCCCGUCCAGCUCCUCCUUGCCUCUUGGCCUCGUCCGUCUGGCAAACAAGCAGAUCAACUGGCAGCUGGUGCUCGCAAGUAAUGGCAAACUGCUGGCAGUCGUUCAGGACCAGUGUGUGGAGAUUAGGUCUGUGAGAGAUGACUUUGGCUCAGUCAUCGGGAAGUGCCAGGUGCCAAAGGACCCAAACCCCCAGUGGAGGAGGGUGGCGUGGAGCCAUGACUGCACCCUGCUGGCCUACGCCGACAGCACCGGCACCACGCGUCUUUUUGACCUCAUGGGCAGCGAACUCUUUGUCAUCCCGCCGGUGGUAAGUUUUCCUGGGGAUUUCAGCUGUGCAGUGGCUGGCCUGAUCUUUCUGGAGUACACAGCCAGCGCACAGUGGUCAGCUGAGCUGCUUGUUAUCACAUACGGUGGAGGACUCAAGAGUUACCUCGUCAGUGUGGGAACCAAUCAGAACUUCCAGGAGAAUCACAGCUUCAGUUUCUCCACUCACUACUCCCAUGGCAUCACCUCGGCAAUUUACCAUCCUGUACAUCGACUGCUGCUGGUGGGAGGCUGUGAGUCAGGGGAUGACAUCACAUCCAAGGCCUCAUGCUGCGGGAUUACAGCCUGGAGGACUCUGUCUGGCUCACCUCACUACAAGCAGGUCACCAGCUACGAGGACGACGUUGAUCCAAACCAGAAGAGAGGUUUCCUCAGGAUGCCCAGCUUCAGAUUAUUUUCCAGACAGGGGGAUGAAAAGGACGGCGUGUUCCGCAUGAGUCUGAGUCCGGACGGUACCCUCCUGGCUGUCAUCCACUUCUCUGGGCGUCUGUCUCUGUGGGACGUCCCCUCCUUCAGACAGAGGGCCGCAUGGAGCCAAGACCAGCAGCCAGGAUUUGAGGAGAUCAACCCAGAGUGGAAGACAUCGCUGGAGAGGCGGAAGAAAAUAAAAGAUAAGGAGCAGUACUACCCACUUGUGGACGUGAGCUGGUGGAGUGACAACGUGUUGAUCCUGGCUCGCUGCUCCGGCUCCGUUACCGUCUCCUCUGUUAGGACGCUUCGCAAUCUGCUGGGGAAAUCCUGCGAGUGGUUUGAGUCGUCACCUCGAGUCACUGCAGCACACGAUGGGGGCUUCCUCAGCCUUGAGUGUGAGGUGAAGCUGGCUCAGAAGCGUGGGCGCCUGGAGAGCAACCUGAGCGGAGUAGCCGGUGAGGAUGAGGAUGGCGAUGACGGCGGCGACUCUGACUCAGAUGAAGAGUCCUCAGCCAAAGCCCGCUACUUUGGCUACAUCAAGCAGGGCCUGUACUACGUGACGGAGAUGGAGCGGUUCGCUCCGCCACGCAAACGCCCCCGCACCGUGAUGAAGAAUUACCGUCUGGUCAGCCUGAGGUCGACAACACCCGAGGAGCUGUACCGCAGGAAGAUUGACAAUGAAGAAUAUGGGGAAGCUCUGUCUCUAGCCCAAGCGUAUAAUCUUGAUUCAGACCUUGUCUACCAGAGACAGUGGAGGAAGAGUACUGUCAGCAUCGCCUCAAUACAAGAUUAUCUGAGCAAGAUCGGCAAGCGCUUAUGGGUCCUGCAUGAGUGUGUAGAGCGCGUCCCUGAGAACGUUGAUGCAGCCAAGGAGCUUCUGAUGUACGGCCUGAAGGGGACUGAUCUGGAGGCCCUCAUAGCUAUAGGAAACAGGGAAGAUGGGGGCAGGUUUAUCAUGCCGGGCGACGUCGACCUGGAUGACCUUCCCUACGAAGAAGACAUGCUGCCAGACGAUGAGGAGCUGGAGAUGAAGAAAGAGAGGGAGAGCAGGAAGAGACGAGAGCUGUUGUCCAAGGUCGACUUAAGCAGGCUGACUCUGGAGCAAAAGGAGCUGUGUCGAAAUCGACUGAAACUGCUCUCCUACCUGGACCGGCUGGCAACGUACGAGGAGAUACUUGGCGGCCCUCAUGCAGCUGAGGAGAAAUACGACGCAGAGUUCUUCAAGAAGUUUCGCUCUCAAAAUAUCGUUUUGUCAGCAAGAAACUACGCCAGGGAGAGUAACGUGCAGGCUCUGGGUAUUCUCUUCUCGUACCACGGAGCAGAACUCCUCCAACAUUGGCUGGCUAUCCUUCACAACUUCCCAGAAACCACCUCUCCUCACGAGUACACCAUCCUGCUGCCUGAAGCCCGUCAUGAUGACAGAGGCGAGCUGGUUUUGAUCCCAUGGGACGAGCAGAGACACAGAGACAUGGACUGGUGUGAAGCAGAGGAGUGCAGAGUGACGCUGGACCAGAACUUGUUCGAUGACGACAGUUUCCUGUAUGAGGAGGCACCAGAGCGGCUGCGGUUCCGCACAGCUGAGCCCUCCAUCGAGCUGCUGACCGACUGGUACCAAAGCAGAGCAAAAGACAUCGACUCCUGCUCCAGACAGGUGGACUGUGCCCUGUCUCUGGUGCGUCUGGGGAAGGAGCGGGAGAUCCCGGGCCUCGAGCUCCUGUGCGAUGACUUGGUCACCAUGGAAACGCUGGUGUAUGAGACAUCAUGUGAACUGAGCCUGACACUGAAAGAUUUGCAGCAGCUAGGUGACAUCGACAAACUCCGCCUGCUCAUGAAAAAUUCUAGCACUGAGCGCUAUGUGAAGGACGCCUUCCAGUGGAUGGUGCCGUUCCUGCACCGAUGUGAGGGACAGAAAGAGGGUGCUGCUGAGUCUCUGCUCAGAGAAUAUCUGGUCAGCCUGGCACAGCAAGACCUCACCCUGCCCCUCAUCAUCUUCCAGCAGUCCAAACCUGACUGUCAGCAGAAGAUCAUCGGGGACCCGGACCAGCUGAUGGCGGUCGCUCUAGAGUGCAUCUACAGCUGUGAGAGGGACGACCAGCUCAGCCUCUGUUAUGACAUCCUGGAGUGUCUGCCACAGAGGGGCUACGGACAAGACACGGACAUCACCUCAUCCCUCCAUGAUCAGGUGGACAAACUUGAGAAGCAUCUCAGUGUGGUGGAGGUCCUGGAGAAACACGGCCUCCAGAAACCCAUUUCAUACGUGAAGAACAGCCAGAACAGCACAGAACAAGCCCACCAGCUGAUGGUGAAACUGUGCCGCCACACAGGGCGCAAGAAUCCUCCUGUGAGUGAGACGGUGUGGAGAGGUCUACUGCGGGAUCUGCUCGACAUGCAGCAGAACGUCUACACCUGUCUCAAAGCAGAGACGUGUCACCAGGUCUUUGUUGAGUCCCUGCUGUGCUCAAGCCGUGUGGAGAACGUACGCCUGGCAGGGCAGCUCAUGCACUGCUCCAAGGACAACCAGGAUGUUGCUGCUAGCGCGUCUUUCCGGGGUAAAGGUUACGCUCUGAAGGUGGCCUACGACAACAGCGUGGAGUUAGUGCUGGCGGCUGCUAGGGAGUACUUCAACUCUUCGACUACUCUAACAGACCCCUGCAUGGGCCUGGCCAGGGCGUGUCUCCAGCUGAUCAUGGACUGUCCUCCAGCCAUCCAGGACGAACUGGACCUCAUCAGCGCCCUCAGCCAACUGGGAGACUUCAGCGUCAACAUCCUGCCACUGCAAGUGCGUCUGCGAUCAGACCGUCUGUCACUCAUAGAAGAAUGCAUCGCUACACCUCGCUCUACCGCCUACAAGCAGUCCACCACUCUGCUGAAUCUCGCCUCACUCCUCAGAGUGGCAGGAGAUGACAAGGCUACACGAAAAGGUCAAGUCCUGACCCUGCUGGCAGAGCAAGCUCUCCAAUGUCAGGACUUCAAGGCCUCCUACAUCCACUGCCAGGAUCUCAUGGCUGCAGGUUACAGUCCUGCAUGGGAGGUGUGCAGUCUGCUUGGUCAGUGUGAAGGCUACACAGCACUGCAGGCCCGGCAGGAGCUUUUAGCCUUCUCUCUCACCCACUGUCCCCCCGACAGCAUCCACAGCCUGCUGGCUGCCUCCAGUGACCUGCAGACUCAGGUGUUGUAUCAGACAGUUAACUAUCAAAUGGAGCCUGUUAAUACAGAGAGUGGACGAGAGGCGGACGAGACAGACUCUGUGAAGGCUGGGACUUCUCCUGCAGGCUCAUCUGUGGGGACUGCGGGGGACCUGCUGCACAGGACUACAGCUAAGACCAUGGAAGUCCUGACCACGACAGGACUGACCACCAAGGCCGUGCUGACCGCAGUCAGCGAUCAUCGCUGGUGGAAGGAAUCCAUCAACUACCUUCGGCCGCUGCAUGGUCAUGACGCCGGAGACACUCGCCAGGGAGGGGCGUGCGAGAACUCCAACCUGGAGCGUCAAAGCUGCUGCCCCUUUUAUCAGGAACUCAUUGAUGAUCCCCAUGUCGACCUGAGUCAGGACGUGUAUUCGACCUACAAAGACGUGCCCCAGGAAAACUUUGCAGAGGUUUUGUUGAGGACCGGCAAACUGGCUGAGGCUAAAACUGAAGGAGAAACUCUGUUUCCUGCUACAGAGGUUUUGCUUCAGCUGGCCAACGAUGCGUUUCCAAGGGACAUGAUGCUGGCUCUGUCCUACUUACUAGCCCUGCCUCAGGUGCUGGAUGCAAACAGGUGUUUUGAGAAACAGUGUCACUCUGCCUUGUCGCUCCAGCUGGCCGGCUACUACUACUCCCUACAGAUCUACUCUCGCCUCAUGCCCUGUUUCAAAAACAAGGACCACACACUCUACCAGGCUGAUCCCAAAGAGCUGAUCCGAUCGGUCACACAGCAUGUGACUGCUUAUUCCGAUUGGCCGGAGGAGCUUCAGAAGCUGAUCGGCCAGCUGCAGGUGUACAAUGAGCGUCUGACAGACUUCACCCAGGCUCAGGUGUUACAGGGGCUGGGUCGCGGCGUGGACGUCCAGCGCUUCAGCUCUGACUCUGACUACAAGAAGGAGACCAUCCUCGGCCUAACAGAGACCCUGGAUGAUGGAGUGUACAAGAUCGCUUUGUCUCUGGCUAAACGCUACAGUAUUCCUCUGUGGGAGGUCUACAUGACUCACCUCGAGUUCCUCUUCACAGAUAGCGGUCUUUCCACCAAGGAUAUUGAGUCCCGAAGCGACUCCCUCAGCCUGUUUGACACCUUGAAGUGCAACCCUCAGGCUUUUUACAGCCACAUGACUAAAUACGUUCUACCCACCGUGGAGGGAAGUGACCAGAGCCGUCUGCUCUACUACUACACCUUACUAGACGCGGCAGGCUGUGAGCCGUACGCCACCACCAUCAUCAAGCCAGACUCCCAUGUCAAACUACUCAAGAAGCUUAAAGCUGUUGCCAAUGGUUUAAACUACAAAAAGCUGACUGAUGAAGCGGCUGAUCCGCUAACGACUCUACAACCAGUCCUGACCAGUCAGAAUGUACUCUCCAUCUCCAAACUUGCAAACCGGCUGCCUGUGCCCGGUGGGAGUGGGGCAACAGUCUCCCCGAGUGCAGUCCAUGCAGCAUGGCUGCAGAAGCUCUUCUGGAAAGGAGACCCCCAGCUGCUGAAGAGACCCCCACAGAGCGACCAAGACUACCUCCAUGCAUAUGACACCUGCGCCAAAUACCUGGACAGACUGGUCCCUGCUGAUGCUGUACACUUCCUGGAUGGCAUCACGUUCUCACCUGAUGCAACAGAGCACCUGAGCAUCCAGGCGAGGUCGGAGGUGAUAAAGCGAGCCACCAAAGCCCUGCGCCAGCUGGGUGAGAAGAGCAGGAAGAGAGGAGGCAACGGUGGUGGUGAGAAGGAAGGGUCCGACCCAGCAGGAUUCACUUUUGAUGAGGCUCUAGCGCACCUACAGCAAUCACAGGCCCACCUGGACACCCUGAGCCAUGACUUCAUUCUGUCACUCAAAGACAGCCUGCAGGGUUACAGUCAACUUUAUGAUUUGUCCCGAUCUGAGAAGUCAAAGCUGCAUGAACUGGCAGUCACCAUGGCAACAGAUGGGCAGCCUCUAGAGCGCAUUGGACAGCUUCUUCGCGUGGCCGUUGGACCUCUAGACCUGUCAGUCAAAACUGUGCUUGGAGAUGCCGUUGACAGAGUGGUUGCUGCACUCAGUGGAGACCCAGACGCCCUCACAAAUUUCCCACAACCCCUCAGGGUCCUGGAGGCCAUGGUUACAGCUGUGCACAACAAUGUCCAGACUGGCGACAGUACCGUGACUUCUGAUGACCUCCUGGCCUGGCUGCAUCCAUUCUGCGGGGACGCGUCGCUGCCAGUGCGCCCUCGGAUUGAGGUGCUGCAGAUCCUGGAGAGUAACUUCAGCCUUCAAGACAGUGAUGUUCGUCUUCUGCUGCUCUACAGAACUCAGGCUGUCCUCAAGGACAGAGAGGUUCAGAUUGAAGAUGUUGAGAAUGAAGGAAAGCGAUACGCCCUCUUCCAAGAGCUGCUGGAAACUGCACAAAAGUGGGAGGACCUCCAACUGCUCAUUCUCCUUCUCCAAGCGUGGCCGCCCAUGAUGAAAGAGGAAGUGGCAGAGUCAGAGCUUAACCCCUGGGUGCUGCUGACCUCAGCCUUGCUGACCUGCUGCCAGGGGCCGGAGGUCAAAUUAGACCUGGGUCAGCAGGUCGUCUGCAUGGUGCGAUCCCUCUAUAACACCAAACACAAGCUCCCUGUGCAGUGUAUCAGACACAUAUCCACCCUGCUGCUCCAAAGCCAGCCGAGCCUCCAGCAGCCUGCACUCAAACUGAUGGCAGAGAGCGGUGAUGAGCAACUGCUGCAGCUGACUCUGGAUCAGAUCACCAGCAUGAACGCAGAGACGGCCUCCUCCUGCGAUGCUGAGCUCCUCUCGUUGCUCCUGGAUGCUGGGCUCCUGGUGGGCUGCGUCUCCUCCACCCUGUACCCCCUGCUCAGCUCCCACAUGCUGUCCCACCAGCAGGAGGGAGGCUGGGAUGUUGAGAAAGCCGCCACAGAGCUGCUGGCUGCCGGCCACGGGCCUGAGGCGGGCUCCCUGCUGCUGGCUCACCGAGGAACCCACCAGGCCCAAUUCACCUUCAACUCCGCUUUGGCCGUGCUUAAGAAGUGGCUGUGAGGAAUGAUGGGAGAAAUGACGGGGAGGCGGAUUGGACUGCGGCCACUGUCGGCGGUGAUAAAGCAGAUUUAGGGAAGGAAGGUGGUGAGGCGUCAAGAGUGGAAUGGAAUUAGAUUGGAUUGAGAUCUGAAGAAAUUAGCAUGAGGCGAGAACAGGAAAAAUAUCAAGCCGUAACUCCACAUUUUGUCCCUUAAUUGAGUUUCGGGUUCAUAAACAUCAACAGCAGCUGCAGUGUCUGCCUUGAAGGUACAAGAGCGGAUACCUUUAAUACUGAAACAUCUGCUCAAUUUCAAACACACACACACACAUGAACACACGCAUGAACACACACGUGAACACACAAACACAAGCUCUGCCAUCUCUCAGUCAUGAAGGAAUAUUCAGUCUGAUCGGAAUUGCUGCUUGCGUUUAUUUGUGUGCUAUUGUGUGAUCGAGUAAUUGAGCAGUAGCCGGGAAGCAGUGGGUGUAUAUUAGCCUAUUGUUCCAUGACAGGUUUGCCUCUUUGAUGUCCCACCGUUAAACACCCUGCCUCUGCUCCAUUGUUUUCCCCCUAAUAAUGUCUAAUUAAUUCCUUCUAAACAAAUUAGCCCCGCAGCUGCCCCACACUGUGUCUUGGUGUGUGUGUGUGCAUGCACAGGUACUGUAUACGAGUUCCAAAUCCCAGGUGAUAUAAUGUAGAGCUAUGUCUGUGUGUGUUUUUAUGCACACAGUGAGGAUGUCUACAUUGUUUGUGUCACUUUAUGAAGUACAAAUUGAAUUUGGUCCAAGCUUACAAAUCUGAUAUAAAUAAAGAAUAAUGGAAAUGUG